AUGCAAAUACUCCAGAAUGAAGAGGAAUGACAGCCUGCCAGACUAAACCCAGGGAUAAAAUAUCAUCUUCCUUAGCUCUGCGUGUUUUCCCGUCGCGGUGUGUUCAAUAGCAACAGAGAAGAAGGUUUAGCAACAAGGAAGGGAAAAGGACGGAGCUGUUGAAUGGAAGUGCUGUGAACAGCUGUGCCAGUUUGAAGUUUAUUCUGAUCGAACCAGUCUGAGGAUAUGGAUGGUGGAUCUACAGAUGUCCAGGCAGAGCUGGACUCUGUUGAGGCUGAACUGGAGUUGGUGGAGCUGCAGAUUGCAGAGCUCUUGCAGAAGCAGACUGAGCUAACCUCUCGGAAAAAUGCACUGCUGCAGCAGGUGGAGGAGGCCUGCAAUGCUGCAAAGCCAUCAUCCUCUUCAUCUGUGCCUUCCUCAAAGUUGCCUGGAGCUGAUCUAGUAAUGAGCAAGCAAGAGAUGCAGCGCUAUGAUGGUACAGAUUUUCCAUGGUCCAGAGAAGUUGAGCAGCACCUAAAGAACUCGUUCCAUCUCUCCGAGUUCAGACCGUUGCAGCUGAGAUCUAUCAACCUGACUCUGAAAGGCAAGGAUCUGUUCCUUGUGAUGCCUACUGGAAGAGGAAAAAGUCUCUGCUACCAGCUGCCUGCAGUCUGCUCCAAGGGGUUUACACUGGUUGUCACUCCCCUGGUGUCCCUGAUGGAGGAUCAGAUCAUGUAUCUGAAAUCUAUUGAAGUGUCAGCAGUCAUGCUGAACGCAUCCAGUAGCAAGAAUCAUGCUAAGACAGUCAUGGCUGGAAUGACUGAUCCAAAGGGCCCUUUCAAGCUGCUGUACGUAACCCCAGAGAAGAUUGCCAAGAGCAAGCUGUUGAUGUCUCGUCUGGAGAAGGCCUACAAUGCAAACCUGCUCAGUCGUAUCGCUGUGGAUGAGGUGCACUGCUGCAGCCAGUGGGGUCAUGACUUCCGGUCAGAUUAUAAGCUGCUGGGCAUCCUGAAGAGGCAAUUCCCUAAAGUCCCUCUGCUCGGCCUCACAGCCACGGCAACCAGCAGUGUCCUCAAGGACUGUGAGAAGAUCCUGUGUGUGCCAAAGCCAAUCACUGUAACUGCCUCCUUUAAUCGAACUAAUCUGUACUAUGAGGUUCGUAUUAAAGAUUCUGACAAUGAUGCAUCAAUAAGUGACAUUGCCUCUCUGAUCAAGAGCAGGUACAAGGACCAGUCAGGGAUCGUAUACGUGUUCUCUCAGAAGGAUGCAGAAUCAGUGGCAGCUGAACUCCAGAAGAGAGAUAUCCUGGCGUAUCCCUACCAUGCUAACAUGGACCCUGAUGACAAGUCUCAGGUUCACUGCAGAUGGACCUCCAACAAAAUCCAGGUGGUGGUAGCCACAGUGGCAUUUGGCAUGGGCAUCGACAAGCCUAAUGUCAGAUUUGUUAUCCAUCACACCAUGAGCAAGUCCAUUGAGAACUACUACCAAGAGAGUGGACGUGCAGGUAGAGACGACCAUCCAGCAGACUGCAUUGUCUACUUUGGCUUUGCUGAUAUCUUCAGGAUCAGCACCAUGGUGGUAAUGGAAAAUGUUGGUCAACAGAAGCUGCUGCAGAUGGUUGACUACUGCCAGAAUGUUGACAGGUGUCGGCGCUCCCUCAUGGCGGUUCACUUUGAUGAGGUGUGGGAUGAUGAAGGAUGCCGCCAGAUGUGUGAUACCUGCCGCCAUUCAAAAGAUUACACCACCAUGGACAUUACACAGCAUGCCAGGGAAGUGGUGCAAAUUGUGGAGCUGGCAACAUCCAUGGAUGAGAAGCUGACCCCACUGAAGCUGGUGGACGCAUGGAUGGGGAAAGGCCCUGCCAAGCGCAGGAAGAUGAUCCAAACCACUACACUUCCUCGGCGCCAGGCUGAAGCCGUGGUUGUCCGCCUGCUACUGCAGGGAUACCUCAGAGAGGAUUUCAGCUUCACUCCAUACACUACCUACUUCUACAUGAAGCUGGGCCGCAAAGUGCCUCUACUGAAGAGCCAGACUCACACACUUAACAUGAAGAUGAGGACAAGAGGGGCAGGAGCUGCUGUGAACACAUCAGCUGUUAAAGCCAAUGAAGAAGAGGUUCAUAUGACCUCUGACCCCUUUGUCAUGGAGAACAGCUGUCCUUUACAGCCCAAACAGAAACUAUUUAAGGAACAGAGGAACCAGUCCAGGAAACAAGACCUGAAGCCAGUCAACCAGACAGACAGACAGAUAGAGACAGGAAAAAGCCAGCUGGCCGACGGACAAAAAGAAGAAGACAAGAAGAGACCCAUCAUUUCCCAACAUGUAGUUGAGGUGGAUAUUGAAAUUAACAGAGUGCGUAACAUAGGACUAAGUGACGUUCAGAAAACACCAUCACAUCCAGUUAAACCUUUUUCUAAACAUAAAUCCAACACCCCUCAGAAAGGAAGGAGGAAACUCCAUGCUAAUGUAGCAGCAGGAGAUCCCUCUCCAAACCCAGGCAGUUCCACUCUCACCAGCACCGUGCCCAGCUCUCCAUCCCAGGCCUCCAUCAUCUCUGACACAGCAGCUGAAGAGCUCUGUGACCUCAGAAACUACUACAGCAAGCAGCUGAAGAGAAUAAACUACAUUUCCCAUGAGUACCUGGGACAGCCGGACGAGACAGGAGUCCUGGCUUGCAUCAGGGAGCCUCUGAGGAGCCUCCGCCUGCCUCGCAGGGUGACCGUCACUCAGACAGCCCGCAGCUUGUGGACACUCGUCAGUGGCAGGAGGAAGCAGCUUCACCGCUGAUGCUUCCUGUUGCUGUUUCAUGUUCUGUCUGUUGUGAUAGUGGAAGAAGCCACUGGAUGUAGAAUUUAAAAAUCCCUGAUUGGGGCCACCUGCUCCUUCUGUGGAAAAGAUACUUUAGCAAAGGGAAAUGUAUACUGCACCACAUAAUCCACUCUAUACAGAUGUGACGAUAAGCUGUGAAGGCACAGUGUUACAUGACGUUGUGAUGGAUGCUGUUACAGCAAAAAAAAAAAAAAAUCCACAGCUAUUAUAUUUUUUAGGUUGAAAGUUUGAGUUUUGUUUUUGUGACAUCAGUGUGAAAAAAAAUACUGUGGAAUAAAUGGGUACCUUACA